UGAUUCAUUGUGCUCAUAAUGAUACCGUAGGAUUUCGUUUUAAUCUAAAGCAUACUAUGCCAUGAUGAACAUGUUUUUAAUGUUUGUUUUGCAGUACAUCUGUUCCAAAGAGAAAAUCUGGUUUGCUCUUCAUAUUGGCCUAUCAUAUUUGUAAGCAUUUGAGCAGCAUCUUGCAAAUGUUCUGCGUGUAUAACCCCUGAAACCUGGCAUUUGUCCAUCUUGUGUGAUGUUGCAGAAUCAGUAUCAUUUUAUAACCAAAGAUAAUUUUCAUCUAUCAUAGAAAAACUCCACAAGUUUACAUCUUUGUUAUGGGAAACUUACUUCCCUGUUGCUAUAGCUUGUUAAUCAACAAAUUGCAGACAGGACAAGAUAUCUGACAUGACAUGAAAUUGCAAAUUGUUAUUGUAAAUUCACAUUCUACAAACAAAAACUCAUUAAGUGGCUAUUUACAUUCUUUCUGUACACCUUGCUCAAGACUGCUGUGAGCAUUCAUACUUUGUCGGUUGCCUGGCAGAGCUAUAGUCUAUCUGGUCCCCUUAAAUCUGUCAAUAGGCCACUCAGAACAGGAUUCCUUGCUUCAUCGUGUCACAUGAAGAAGGAAAACAACUAGUUUCCAAAACUUUGUGGAAUGAUGGACAUUGUGCAAAACAUCACUUAAAAUGAUUAUGCACCAUUGUCAGAAACUGUCAGGCAUAGUUUAAAGCGAUGAAUUGUUUGCCUGACUGAGAGAAAUAUUAAUUUCACAAAAUUGUUGAGUUUUGAUCCCACACUUGACUUCAUAAAAAAAUAUAAUGGGUUAUCAUAGUUAAGAUGUUUUUUGAUGUUAGAAAUAAAAGAAAAAAUUAUUAUAUUUAUGUCCAAACAAUGAGGAGCAAAGUAUUAUAAACCACAUGAUGCAGGGUUAUUUAAGGCCCCAAGAAUUAAAGAUAGGCCUCUGAAGAUAGUUAUGAUUUGUUGCAUCAUAACAAGAGUACCUUUUUGGACAUGUUGAAAUGUUCUUUAAAGGUUAGUGGCAUACAUUAGUAGCACUGUGCACCCAGAAUCAAAGAUGAAUCCUUAUGAAUAUUAACUGACAUGCUGCUUCAUUUGUGUUUGAAGUGUGUAUUUGUAUAUUCCAAGCAGGACACAGUAACAGAAUUGAAUGCUUACUUGGCAGCAUUGGAACUCAAAAAAGGAAUUAUUGUACGUUUCUUUCCAGUAAAAGUUGCCAUUGCUUGCACUAUGACAUCCCCGCCUGCUUACAAUGUGGGUGUUCCUUACGUUGCAAACAUAGAUGGAGGCUUGUAUCCUGGUAAAAUGGUCCGAAUCCAGGGAACGGUCCUACCAUCUGCAAAUAGGUUUGCCAUUAAUCUCCAGUGCGGACCACGUACAUCACCUCGAGAUGAUAUUGCAUUGCAUGUUUCCCCUCGUUUCAAUGAAAGUUAUAUUACAAGGAACUCAUUACAGAACAUGGCUUGGGGUGUUGAGGAAAAUCAUGGUCACAUGCCUUUAUCACGAGGACAGGGAUUUGAAAUAAUUAUACUUUGUGACCCAACUCACUAUAAGAUUGCAGUGAACGGGCAACAUUACACUGAAUUUGGUCACCGAAUUCCUUACCAGAAAGUGAGUCACCUUGCCAUAGAUGGCGAGGUAACAAUUUCCCUUAUUCAAUAUGAAGGUGGAAGUAGUGUUCCUGGUACAGGAGUGGGUUUUGUUCCACCUCCCAUGGCCCCUGUUCCACCCCUCCCUGUACCAGGAUCUCAGCCAUAUCCCACAAAUCCUACGAUAUAUCCAACAGUUCCAGGUGCAGUGCCUUAUGGUGCACCACCAGAUCCAGUUCCUGGUGGUUAUGCUUACCAGCCACCAUAUGGACAGGGUUAUGCUCCUGGGAAUUAUCCUCCUCCACCACCAGGAUAUGCCCAAACCUCAUCUUCAGAUAAGGGCAUUCAGGGGUUGUUAAACAAAGCAGGUGCACUGAUAACAGGUGGUAAAUCUCAGCAUGGUCAUGGUGGAAUGGGCACUAUGGGGACAGCGCUGGGCGCAGGUGUGGUGGGUGCAGCGCUGACAGGACACCUGAGCCCAAAAAAGGCAUUCAAAUCACAGAAAAAAGCUCGUAAAAAGGCAUUAAAGUAUGGCCUUCCAGUUGCUGGAUUGGGUUUAGGUGCUUAUGCCCUCCACAAAGGAUUUCAUCAUGGAAGCAGCUCCAGCAGCUCAAGUAGCAGUGAAGAAGAAUGAAGCUAUUCAUACCCAGUUCAGAAUAUCGUUGGCUGAACUGGGUCUCCUUGUUGAGGUGCUAUUCCUUGAAGAAGAAAUCAGAAAUAAAUAUAUGAUUAUCAGAAUGUUUAUAUUAGUUAAAAAGUAAAAAUCUGAAGAGUAGUCCAGUGUUGGAAGAAAGGUGGUAUUUGUUCUUUAAAAAUCCUUAGGGACGGAACAUUAUAUCAGUUAUGGACAGUCAUAUUUCUAUAUUUGAGCUUGAGGUAAAGGGUAUAUAUACUUUAAUCUGCAAUACUUAUUUAUGAAGCAGGCAAGAACAAGUCUAUAGAAUUUUUGCAGUAUUUGAACCAUUUAUAUUAUGCUGUAAGUUCAGUCGUAUAUUGCACUCAUGCAUGUCCUGGCUAUGCGAUCUGUUUGAAAUUAUAAAUGGUUGUAAUUUAGCUGUAUCAUAUGUAAAUAUAUUAGAAAUUAAAUUUUUAAAGAAAAAGCUGGUGUUCAGAAUUUUUUAUGGUCAGAAAAAAUAUUACAAUGGCUUGGGCAUGUGAAAAGAACAGAAGAACGGUAUUAGAAUUAAAGGUUCAAGGAAAGAGACCUAUGGGAUGAACCAGAACAAGAUGGUUAACUCAUGUACUGAAAUACAUCAAUAAGAGUAGAA